AUGUCCUGUGAGUGUUGCCUGCCCGCCCUGAGCUGCCGCACCAGCUGCUCCUCCAGGCCCUGCGUGCCCCCCAGCUGCCAUGGCUGCACCCUGCCCGGAGCCUGCAACAUCCCCGCCAAUGUGGGCAACUGCAAUUGGUUCUGUGAGGGCUCCUUCAAUGGCAAUGAGAAGGAGACCAUGCAGUUCCUGAAUGACCGCCUGGCCUCCUAUAUGGAGAAGGUGAGGCAGCUGGAGAGAGAGAAUGCAGAGCUGGAAUGCAGGAUCCAGGAGAGGAACCAGCAGCAGGACCCCCUGGUGUGCCCUGCCUACCAGGCCUACUUCAAGACCAUUGAGGAGCUGCAGCAGAAGAUUCUGUGUGCCAAGUCUGAGAACGCCAGGCUGGUGGUGCAGAUUGACAAUGCCAAGCUGGCCUCUGAUGACUUCAGGACCAAGUACCAGACUGAGCUGUCCAUGAGGCAGCUGGUGGAGGCUGACAUCAACAGCCUGCGCAGGAUCCUGGACGAGCUGACCCUCUGCAAGUCUGACCUGGAGGCACAGGUGGAGUCCCUGAGGGAGGAGCUGCUGUGUCUCAAGAAGAACCACGAGGAGGAAGUCAACACCCUGCGCUGCCAGCUUGGAGACCGCCUCAACGUGGAGGUGGACGCUGCUCCCACUGUGGACCUGAACCGUGUGCUCAAUGAGACCAGGUGUCAGUACGAGGCCCUUGUGGAAACCAACCGCCGCGAAGUGGAGGAGUGGUUCACCACACAGACAGAGGAGCUGAACAAGCAGGUGGUGUCCAGCUCAGAGCAGCUGCAGUCCUGCCAGGCCGAGAUCAUCGAGCUGAGGCGCACAGUCAACGCCCUGGAGAUCGAGCUGCAGGCCCAGCACAACCUGAGAAACUCUCUGGAAAACACCCUGACAGAGAGUGAGGCUCGCUACAGCUCCCAGCUGUCCCAGGUGCAGUGCAUGAUCACCAAUGUGGAGUCCCAGCUUGGUGAGAUCCGGGCUGACCUGGAGCGCCAGAACCAGGAGUACCAGGUGCUGCUGGACAUCCGGUCUCGUCUGGAGUGUGAGAUCAACACAUACAGGAGCCUGCUGGAGAAUGAGGACUGCAACCUCCCCUGCAACCCAUGCGCCACCACCAAUGCUAGUGGCGGUUGCUGUGGACCCUGCGGCAGCUCAAAGCGUUGCUGUUAACUGAACUGAUCCCCUUUGAAGAUGUUGAUGAAGCCACUUAGUUCAAAGGCAGGAACAGUCCA